AUGUCGAAGCGGGGCAAUGCAGAGCCAAGCGAGAGCGCUGCCAAGCGGGCAAGAGGGAACGCUCCCUCUUUCCUCCCGCCAAAGGAUGAUCUCAAGGGUCGAGAGAGCUUCUUGCCUCAGCCCAACAGACAGCCAAGCUCGCUACCCCCUCGUCCGAGCUCAGCAUCCACCUCCGCGCCCUCCUCCUCCGGAUUGACACCAGACCAGAUAGCGGCCAAGCGAGCAGAAGUAGCUGCCAAGAUAGCUGCUCUCCAGCGCAAGUCUGUGCCUGGCGUUCCCUCUGCCAUGUCCAGUGCGGCACCAUCACGCGACUCACUCACGCCUGCCCCUUCCGCCACUUCGACCGCACCAGGCCUCGAUCCUGCGCUCGCAAAAAGGAUAGCAGAAGCUAAGCGGAACGUGCAAGCUAUGGCUGCCAAACGCAGUCUCAAUCCUUAUCUCUCACCCAAAGAUCAGAUCGUAGCAGAUCCAAAGACUGGCCUGCAUCCUCUCCUAGCAAAAUCGAGCGUUACCGUUGCAGACGCAAAGCGCAAUAAUAAGGACAAGUACAAGCCUAUGGCGCCCAAGUUCUCUACCACAAGGGCAAACGCUCGCAUAGCUCAGCCUGUGCGGCAACCUAUCGAACGGCAACUUGAGCUCUCGAACGCGAGUGUGCCCUCUUUCGAAGAGGCCCGUAAGAAUCCAUACUUCGACAAACGGCUCGGUGUCGAGUCCCUCGUACCCAAAGAACGCAAAGCUCGACCGCUCAGAUUCAAUCCAAAGGGCAAAUUUGCAGCGCUUGCGGAUCAGCUCAGAGCGGAAGCCCGCAUGGAGGAGCUCAAGGCUCGCAUUCUCGAAAGCGCGCGCAAAGCCGGUCUGGAAGAUGAGAUCGAAUUGACCGAAAAGCAAGCAAAGAGGCCGCCACCGCCGGAUAUCGAAUGGUGGGAUUCUCCCUUUCUGCCGAAUCAGUCUUAUUCCGACCUCGACAACGGCGCGACGAGCAGAGUCCUGCAGUCGAACGAGACGCCCAUCACAAUCUACGUACAACAUCCGAUCCCGAUACCGGCGCCCGCCGAUCGUAUCAAAGUCGACGCCCAACCGCUCAAACUCACUCAAAAGGAGAUGAAGAAGAUGCGAAAGCAGAGGAGGCAAGCAGAUCUACAAGACCGUCGAGAUCGCAUCAAGCUCGGUCUCCUACCUCCCGAUCCUCCCAAAGUCAAACUUGCCAACAUGAUGCGCGUACUGACACAGCAGGCUAUAUCUGAUCCUACAAAGGUCGAAGCCAAAGUCAGAAGAGAAAUGACAGCUCGCAAAGUGGGGCACGAGAAAGCCAAUGCGGCCAGACAGUUGACAGAUGAUCAAAGGCGAGAGAAACUCGAAGCGCAGAAAGACAAGGAUGCUUCAAAGGGUAUCUCGGCCGCCGUCUAUCGCAUUCGCUACCUCACCAAUCCUUCGCAUCGGUUCAAGGUUCGAAAGAAUGCCCAGCAGCUCGCCCUUACUGGUAUCACACUCUACAACCCCAAAUUUGCGUUUGUCUUUGUCGAAGGAGGGCAGGCUAGCAUGAAGAAGUACAAGCAUCUCAUGCUUGACAGGAUCAAUUGGAAGGAAGAAGCCGAAGCCAGAGAUGGCGAUGAGGACGAGGAGGCAACGCCUGCUCCGUUACCUGAAGGCACCCCCGGUCCCCAAGCGAGCGAAAUUCCGGAAAGCUUAGCAAACAAUAGAUGUGAUCUCGUCUGGGAAGGCCCACAGCGUGAUAGGUACUUCGUGGACUUCAAGGGCAAGGGCGCACCAAGCGAUGGCCUCGCCAAGAGCACGCUUGGCACAAAGCUCGAAUCACUGUGGGACAUGUGCAAGCGCCUUCCUAUGGACGACCAAUUCUGA